AUCAAGUUGCCGGCAAAAUUUCGAGGAUGAAAUGUAUGGGAACAGGAAGGACAACAUAGCAAAGGAGGAAGGGAUAAUGCCCAAUUGAAGUUUCAAACCUCAGAAAGCCAACCAACAAUGGCGACUCUGCUCACUCCUCCUCCUAAACUUCUCUUCUCUACCGACAGUCGAACCUGCUGCCCUCCGCAGCCCCUCGCAUCUUCUUCUUCAUCUGCUCUCUCCUCUAACCUUUCGUUCUCACUCUCGCUUCCCUCUCUCCUCAACACCACCACCAGUAACAGGAAGAGGAGAUGGCGAAGACUCUUCUGCCAGGGAAAAGGCGCGACGAACGGCACCGCCGUUCAAGUUGGCCAGCAGCGUCUUCUCAAAGUUCCGGUCCCGAACAUCAGGAAUUUCAGCAUCAUCGCGCAUAUCGACCACGGGAAGUCGACCUUAGCCGAUAAAUUGCUUGAGACCACUGGUACCGUUCAGAAGCGAGAAAUGAAGGACCAAUUCCUUGAUAACAUGGAUUUGGAGAGAGAGCGGGGCAUCACUAUCAAGCUUCAGGCUGCUCGAAUGCGUUACGUGUGUGAUGGUGAACCCUACUGCCUCAAUUUGAUUGAUACUCCUGGCCAUGUAGACUUCUCCUACGAGGUAUUGGUUCCCAAUUGUAAUCUCGUGUCUCGUUCGCUUGCUGCUUGUGAAGGCGCUUUGCUUGUUGUUGAUGCUUCUCAGGGAGUAGAAGCGCAAACAUUGGCUAAUGUUUAUUUGGCUUUGGAAAACAAUUUAGAAAUUAUUACGGUUUUAAAUAAAAUUGAUCUACCAGGUGCUGAACCGGAUCGUGUUCUCCAAGAGAUUGAAGAGGUGAUUGGCUUAGAUUGUAGCAAUGCCAUUCUGUGCUCUGCAAAGGAGGGUAUCGGGAUAACUGACAUUCUGAAUGCAGUUGUGAAAAGAAUUCCCCCUCCCACUGAUACUUCUCAAAAGCCCUUACGCGCUUUAAUCUUUGACAGUUACUAUGACCCAUAUCGUGGUGUUAUUGUGUACUUCCGUGUGAUAGAUGGGACCGUAAAGAAAGGUGACAGGAUUUAUUUUAUGGCCAGCAAAAAGGUAAUUCCCAUCAGAAUAUUUUUGCCUGUAGGUAUGUACGCGGAUGCUGAAUUGUUUUUCCUCUUUUGCCAACAACAGGAUUAUUUUGUUGAUGAAAUUGGAGUUUUAUCACCGAAUCAGUUAGAAGUGGAUGAAUUAUAUGCGGGUGAGGUGGGUUACAUCUCAGCUUCUAUAAGAUCGGUAGCAGAUGCCAGGGUUGGUGAUACUAUUACGCACUUCAGUAGAAAGGCAGAGUCAUCACUACCUGGAUAUGAAGAAGCUACCCCGAUGGUCUUCUGUGGGCUGUUUCCGGUUGAUGCUGACCAGUUUCCUGAAUUACGUGAGGCACUGGAAAAGCUGCAGCUAAAUGAUGCUGCACUCAAGUUUGAGCCGGAAACAUCAAGUGCCAUGGGUUUUGGCUUUAGGUGUGGUUUCCUGGGGCUUCUUCACAUGGAAAUUGUUCAGGAAAGACUUGAGAGGGAAUACAAUCUCAGCUUAAUAACUACUGCUCCAAGUGUGGUCUACAGAGUGAACUGCACAAGCGGUGAAACUGUGGAGUGUUCAAACCCAUCUGCGCUUCCUGAACCUGGCCUGCGGAGAUCAAUUGAGGAGCCUUUAGUGAAGAUUGAAAUGCUUACACCCAAAGACUAUAUCGGCUCGCUUAUGGAGCUUGCUCAAGAUAGACGAGGAGAGUUUAAAGAAAUGAAGUAUAUCGCUGAGAAUAGGGCAUCGCUCACUUACAAGUUGCCCUUGGCAGAGAUGGUGGGUGACUUUUUUGACCAGCUGAAGUCCAGAAGUAAAGGAUAUGCUAGCAUGGAAUACACUUUUGUCGGGUACGAAGAAAGUGAUCUGAUAAAGCUAGACGUCCACAUUAAUGGUGAGCCUGUUGAGCCGUUGGCAACAAUCGUGCACAAAGAUAAGGCAUAUCCCAUUGGAAGAGCUUUGACACAAAAGCUAAAAGAGCUAAUACCCCGGCAAAUGUUUAAAGUGCCCAUUCAAGCAUGUAUUGGUUCAAAAGUUAUAGCAAGCGAGGCAUUAUCAGCAAUCAGGAAGGAUGUGUUGGCUAAAUGCUAUGGAGGUGACAUUUCAAGGAAGAAGAAAUUGCUGAAGAAACAGGCUGAAGGGAAGAAACGGAUGAAGGCGAUAGGAAAGGUGGAUGUGCCUCAGGAAGCAUUCAUGGCUGUGUUGAAGCUUGAAAAGGAGGUGUUGUAGAAAAGGGAGGGAAAAUUAACUCUGUAAGUAGCAUUCUGAACAGUUGAACAAAUGGCGGGAAAUUGGUUUCCCUUUCUCUCAUCUCGUUUACUGUUCUUCACAUUUUGUUCCGGUUCAUUUUGCUCUACACUUCUCAAGCCAAAUACAAUCACAAGUAUAAAUAGGGGUAUAAGGGAUGGUGCAUGAAAUCGUAUCCUACCUGCGGUUUAACUACGAAAUAUCAGUAUUGGAAGUUAAACUGGUAAGCGGUAUUUAAUGAUACUGAUGGUUGAACUAC